CGGUUCGGCCGGUGAGCAGCGGCGGGCCGCGGAGCGGGCGCCUGGCUCGCGCCCUCCCCUCCCACUGGGGUCGGGAGGAGUUGAGUCGUAGGAGAGGGCUGUCGAGGUGAACCGCAGAGGCGGUGCGCAGCCCGGCCGAGUCAGCGUCAGCUUGGUUCAAAGCCCUGUGGUCUCAAAUCAGAAUUGUUGCAACAGCUUCUGGCAGUGCUAAACAGUUCAUCUUGGUAUUACUGUUUUCUUAUUGUGAUUGAUUAUAUCAUGGAAAAUCAAUUGGCUAAAUCAGUUGAAGAACGGACAUUUCAGUAUCAGGAUUCUCUUCCACCACUGCCGGUUCCUUCACUUGAAGAGUCACUGAAAAAGUACCUUGAAUCAGUAAAGCCAUUUGCAAACGAAGAAGAAUAUAAGAAAACUGAAGAAAUAGUUCAAAAAUUUCAAAAUGGAGUUGGAAAAAAAUUACACCAGAAAUUACUCGAAAGGGCAAAGACAAAAAGAAAUUGGCUGGAAGAGUGGUGGCUGAAUGUUGCCUACCUGGAUGUUCGUAUACCAUCACAACUGAAUGUCAACUUUGUGGGUCCUUCCCCCCAUUUUGAGCACUACUGGCCUCCUAAGGAAGGCACUCAGUUAGAAAGAGGAAGCAUAAUACUUUGGCAUAACUUGAACUACUGGCAGCUAUUAAGAACAGAAAAAGUACCUGUUCAUAAGGUUGGAAACACUCCCCUUGAUAUGAAUCAAUUCCGAAUGUUAUUUUCGACCUGCAAGAUUCCAGGAAUUACUAGAGACUCGAUUGUGAAUUAUUUUAGGACAGAGACUGAAGGUUACUCUCCAGUUCACAUUGUUGUGUUGUGCCGAGGCCGAGCAUUUGCCUUUGAUAUACUGCAUGAAGGAAGUUUGAUCACCCCACCAGAGCUUCUCAGACAACUGACAUAUAUCUAUAAGAAGUGCCAUAGUGAACCCAAUGGACCUGGAGUAACAGCAUUAACUACUGAGGAGCGAACUCGAUGGGCUAAGGCACGAGAAUAUCUGAUUAGUCUUGAUCCAGAAAACUUGACUUUGUUAGAAAAAAUUCAGAGUAGUUUAUUGGUAUAUUCCAUAGAGGAUGCCAGUCCAUAUGUUACACCAGAAGAUUAUUCUCAGGUACUUGAGAAACUUCUCAUUGGAGAUCCAACAGUACGCUGGGGUGACAAAUCCUAUAACUUGAUUUCCUUUACAAAUGGAGUAUUUGGCACUAAUUGUGAUCAUGCCCCUUUUGAUGCUAUGGUUAUGGUGAACAUUGCCUAUUAUGUGGAUGAGAAAAUUUUAGAGACUGAAGGAAGAUGGAAGGGUUCAGAAAAAAAACGGGAUAUACCACUUCCAGAGGAGCUUGUAUUCACUGUGGAUGAGAAAAUAUUAAGCGAUAUCAAUCAAGCAAAAGCCCAGUAUUUCAAAGAGGCAUCUGAUCUACAAAUUGCAGCAUAUGCCUUCACAUCUUUUGGCAAAAGGCUAACCAAGAAGAAGAUGCUUCACCCUGACACAUUUAUUCAGCUGGCACUUCAGUUAGCUUAUUACAGGCUGCAUGGACGUCCUGGUUGCUGCUAUGAAACAGCCAUGACAAGGUACUUUUAUCAUGGCCGCACAGAAACCGUGAGGUCAUGCACUGUAGAGGCUGUCAACUGGUGUCAGUCCAUGCAGGAUCCUUCUGCUAGUCUUGUUGAACAACGGCAAAACAUGUUAAAAGCAUUUGCAAAGCAUGAUAAAAUGAUGAAAGAUUGCUCAGCUGGAAAAGGAAUUGACCGGCACCUUUUAGGUCUUUUACUCAUAGCCAAAGAGGAAGGCCUUCCUGUUCCAGAACUUUUUACGGACCCACUUUUCUCUAGAAGCGGAGGAGGUGGAAAUUUUGUCCUCUCAACCAGUCUGGUUGGUUAUCUACGAGUCCAAGGAGUGGUGGUCCCCAUGGUGCACAAUGGAUAUGGGUUUUUCUACCACAUCCGAGAUGACAGGUUUGUUGUGGCUUGUACCGCCUGGAAAUCAUGCCGAGAGACCGAUGCAGAAAAGCUAGUUCAGCAGACUUUUCGUUCUUUCCACGAUAUGAUACACCUGAUGAAUACUGCUCAUCUCUAGAGUCUGAGCACUUACCAGCUGUGUCAUUGAACUGGGUAUGGAAAGUAGGUGGUGAUCACAGAUAGAGGGAAUGUAAAUGUCUCAUAUAGAAAUGAUUAGAAUCAUGCUUUUUUUCUGCUACUGAAGGUAGAAAUAUUUUGAAGCUUCUCAGUGCAGCAACAAUGCAAAACUAUAACAUAGCAAGUAGAGAACUAUGCAAUGUUUAAGAUAUGCCUCAACAAUGCAAAUCUAUGAAUUUUAACAAUGCAAAUUUUUUAACUUUUAAAUAAUUUUGUUGGUACUUGUGUAGGUUACGAAUUCCUUCCUUCUGAACAUCAUUGUCAUUGUAAUGUCUGUCUGUCAAGCACUUUAACAUUUCCUGAUUGCCAAAGGGUAUGAAAUACAUAAUUGGAUGUUAAUUUCUCUGACAUCAGUGCCUUUCACACUCAACACAUAAGCCUUGGGUUUGAUGGGAAAGCACUAUAAUUCAGUGGUGAUCUAAAAUGGUUAAUGGACAGAUAAUUAUAUUGUAGUAGGGGGAUUUACACCUGGUUUCUCUCU